GGCGAGCGAGGGCGCGAGCCGGCGCGGGGAAGCGAGAGCGCAAGGGAGAGCGCACACGCACACACCCGCCGCGCGCACCCGAGCACAGACCGCACGGGGACAGCUUUGAAGUCAUCGGGUUCCAUGGGCGAGAUGCUGCUGCUGGCGAGAUGUCUGCUGGUGGUCCUCGUCUCCUCGCUGCUCGUGUGCUCCGGGCUGGCGUGUGGACCUGGCAGGGGGUUCGGGAAGAGGCGGCACCCUAAAAAGCUGACCCCUUUAGCCUACAAGCAGUUUAUCCCCAACGUGGCGGAGAAAACCCUAGGAGCCAGCGGAAGGUACGAAGGAAAGAUCUCGAGAAACUCCGAGCGAUUUAAGGAACUCACCCCCAAUUACAACCCCGACAUCAUAUUUAAGGAUGAGGAAAACACCGGAGCGGACCGGCUGAUGACUCAGAGGUGUAAAGACAAGUUGAACGCUUUGGCCAUCUCAGUGAUGAACCAGUGGCCAGGAGUGAAGCUGCGGGUGACUGAGGGCUGGGACGAGGAUGGCCACCACUCAGAGGAGUCGCUGCACUAUGAGGGCCGAGCUGUGGACAUCACCACAUCAGACCGUGACCGGAGCAAGUAUGGCAUGCUGGCCCGCCUGGCAGUGGAGGCCGGCUUUGAUUGGGUCUACUACGAGUCCAAAGCGCAUAUCCACUGCUCAGUGAAAGCAGAGAACUCGGUGGCGGCCAAAUCCGGCGGCUGCUUCCCUGGCUCGGCCACCGUGCAUCUGGAGCAGGGCGGCACCAAGCUGGUGAAGGACCUGCGUCCCGGGGAUCGCGUGCUGGCUGCGGACAGCCAGGGGCAGCUGCUGUACAGCGACUUCCUCACCUUCCUGGAUCGCGACGACAGCGCCAAGAAGGUCUUCUACGUGAUCGAGACGCGGGAGCCGCGGGAGCGCCUGCUGCUCACCGCCGCGCACCUGCUCUUCGUGGCGCCGCACAACGACUCGGCCGCUGGGUUACCGCCGGGGGGCGCGCCCGGGCGCCGGGCGCUCUUCGCUAGCCGCGUGCGCCCGGGACAGCGUGUGUACGUGGUGGCCGAGCGCAACGGGGACCGCCGGCUGCUGCCGGCCUCUGUGCACAGCGUGACGCUGCGCGAGGAGGCCACAGGCGCGUACGCGCCGCUCACGGCCCAGGGCACCAUCCUCAUCAACCGGGUGCUGGCCUCGUGCUACGCGGUCAUAGAGGAGCACAGCUGGGCGCACCAGGCCUUCGCGCCCUUCCGCCUGGCCCACGCGCUUCUGGCUGCGCUGGCGCCCGCGCGCACGGACCGUGGUGGGGACAGCCAAGGCGGGGGCGGCAGCCGCGUGCCCCUGCCCGCGCCAGGUGAGGCCGACGCUCCGGGGGCUGCGGGCGUCCACUGGUACUCACGGCUGCUCUACCAAAUAGGCAUCUGGCUUUUGGACAGCGAGGCCCUGCACCCCCUGGGCAUGGCGGUCACGUCCAGCUGAAGCCCAGGAGGCGGGUCGGGGGUUCGGGAGGGAGGGGGGCUGGGGAAGCCGCGCAAGAUAAGGCAAAAGACACACGGAAAAAGCGCACGGAAUGAGACUGAAGAAUAAUAAUAAUUAAUGGUAAUAAUAAAGUAGGACAGUCCAAAGUAGACUAUAAGGAAACCAAGACCCUGGGAAGUUUUGUUGUUGUAUUUAGUUUAUAUAUAUAUAUUUUUGAUUUUUUUGGUUAUUGUUUUAUUUUUGGUUAUUUUUUUUUCUUCCUCUCCUGGCUAUUUAUUUGUUUGGUAUGAAUAGAUGUUUUAAAUAAUAUGAACCGGACCUUCAAGAGCCUUAAAUAGUUUGUUUCUUGGAUAAUUUAUUAUUAUCACGUGAACUGUACUCACAGGGGGAAGAUUAUUUUGUGAGGCCGCUGCAACCUGCUCAGAGUCUAUUUUUCUACAUGUCCCUCGUCUUGUCAGAAAGCAAAGUUCUGUACUCCGCAUUCCUGCUUUGCCGCAAUCCUGCUUUUCCGCAAGUGUAAACUCAAACGUGCUUUGUGGGGGUCCACAAAUUAUAUUUUUAUACACAGAAUUGUAAAUUAGAUUUUUUGAGAGAUCAAUACUUAACUGAAUUACAUUUCAUUUUUUGAAAUAGUGUAAAAUAUGAAAAUAUAUUAUUUUAAUUUAACUAG